GUACUGUCCCGAGGGAGAGACAGAGGAGUACAGUUGGCCCUGCUCUUGGAUUCCAGAAGGGACAGAGAGAAAGGACAAGGAACUCGAGGACUAGCGCUCCCUGGGACUCCGCUAGGCCAGUCCUCGGGGACUGGUCGGUCGGUCAGGCACGAAGCACAGCGCGAGAGGGAGAUUCAUUCUUUUUGGGGUGAUCGCGGUCGGUUUCUUGUGGAAUAUACGUGCAGCUCGGGAUCACCAGCCGUUCACGGGAGUGGUGGUAACGGGGGAACGAACGGAGAGUGCGGCUCCUAGGUGCGGAUUUUUCACAGAGACCUAGGAGAUCGACCUUCGACGUUCACGGAGGGAGUGUAGGGUAUUGUCUCGGAGUGAUUUCGAGCAGAGAGGGAAGUAGAGGAAGAGACACCCUGGAACAUGUCUGGAAUCCGCAUCAACGUGGAAGAGGCCUCCAACGAUGGACGCGAGGACCUCGUUCCCGAUAUCGAGGCGACGGCGGCUACGACGGCAGUAGCGGGCAGCCCGCUUUCCUGGCACAUCCCAAGGCCGUCAUUGGUGGGACGAAGCGAGAGGAACAGCGAGAAUGGUAGCUGGGCUCAUCAUCUGCACCCGAACUCGCCAUCCAGAGGAUCCACCUCGUCGCAGGGAUCCACCGCCAGUACACACAGUGCCGCGUCGGGCACAUUACUCUUGACAGCCGCGAACCUGGCCAAUCUCGCUGCUAUUCAUCCACCCACGGUGACAACGCCGAAACAGAUGGACACCGCAUCAGUGGCGAGCAGCACCCACUUCACAGUGGUGAACGGCCUGGGCAGACCGACGACCGUCUACAGGAAGUCCUACUGCGCGAGAAAUCAGCUCACAGUGCUCGUCUGUACGAUGACUUUCCUAUUCAUGGUCGGCCUGCUUCUCGGGAUUCUCUACAUGGAAAUGAGAAUUCGCGACAAGUACCACUAGGCCGGCGAGAGUUGAGCUUGUCGAGUGAUCGUGGAUUGUCCUCUGCAAGUUCACCCGAACAGAAGAGACAGAGGAGCGCACGAGCAACGAGAAACGAAUAGGACCCCGAAGCGAAUGAAUUUUUGCCAAGCGAUUGAUGUUAGGGUUCUCGAUCACUGUCGACGAAAUCAUUCGUAUUUAUAAUGUACAUGUAUAUUAUCACUUAGUAUGUUAGAGCGACUCGAUUAGACGUUCUCGAUCAGAAACAAAGUUUCAAAGGCUGUAUUGCACCGUGUUUCGCGUGCGGUACGUGAAAACUCAGUAAUUACAUUCAUGUAAUAAGCUAGCUUUAGGUAAGAUCGUAUAGAUAGCACGAACGCGAUCCUAAACCGUUGGGCCACUCGAUUAUCUCGCGAGGGGACUGACUCGCGUUCUUCGAAAUUUGAUGAGUAUCGUAGAAUAUUUACUUCUACCCAUAUUUUCUUUCCUUUUUUUUUUCUCCUUUUUUUUUCUAAUGUUUAAGGUCAGACGACGACACGAUGCAUAGAUUACGAUACACAGACGACUAGUGUAAUUUCGUUUGUAUCACUGCUGGAGCUUGGUCCUCCGAGCUUCGAAUAAAUUUCCAGAUAUCGUUAAUUUAAAUUAAAUAUAAAUCGAAAUGAUUUGAAUAGAAAUUUUCGAUUUAAAUUUAAUUCGAAUUAAAGGCAACAACUACUCGAUUGUAAUCAGACAAAUGCGUUUGAGGAAAGUUGUCGUCGUCCAGCGAAACAUUUCGUAAGUCGAUACGCACAAGUAUUUCUUCGAUUAACGUUGACGGACAGUUCGGGGCAAUCGACGAAACGGGAGUAAGAUAGGCGGAUAUGUGUUAAUUUUAGGGGUCGUUAUUUAAUUGUUACUAACAGAAAGAACGCUUGAAUCAAACCUGGAUUCCGCAUGCCAGGGUGUCGAGUUCCAGGGAAUGUACGGAAAAGCAAUGAGCAGCGAUCGUGUCGAUCGCUGACUCGCAACUGUGAUAUUACUUGCGUAUUAAUUAAUCGUCGAUUCAACAAGAAACUGUCGAACCAUGAAGAAAAUACGAAUGUUAUUUUAUUUCCCCUCUCUCCAUCCCCUCUCUCCUGAUAAGAUUAAUACAUAUGGCAAUGUA